UUACUGCUGAUACAUCUAUAUAUUUUUUUAAAAAAGGUACCAUCAGCAUACAUUUUCAGCAGCAUUUGUCUUUGCUCUCUUUAUCUUCCUCCCCAUAAACUUUCAGCACUAUUGCUGCUUAAAAAGUUUGAAGCUUUACUAGCCUUCAAGUUUGAAGGGAUUUUUGCUCAACGUACCUUCACAAAAUCAAGCAAUCCCAGGGUUUUUUUUCUUUAAAAAAUAAUAAUAAUAAUAAUAAUUCUGGGCUUUGCUUGGGAUAACAAGCUAUUGGUGGAAUAAUGGGAGAUUCAGCAGGUGUUGGUGACAAAUUAGACGACUCAGGAGUAAUUGAAUUAACCGGGAAGAUCAUGGUGGUGGCUGUUUUAGUUCUCUUUCUGGUGGUGGUCUUUGUUUUCUUCCUUCAUCUCUAUGCCAAAUGGUUCUGGCGUCGCCGCCAAGAAGACUCUGCCAACAACAACAGCUCCACCACCACCAGGCGGCGCCGCCGCUUUGACUUUGCUCCUGGCUACCAAGAAUUGACUGUUGCGGCAGCCCUCCGCCGAGGUCUUGACCCCGCUGUUCUUAAAGCCAUACCUGUGAUUGUGUUUAAUGCUACCAAUGACUUCAAAGAUGGCUUGGAAUGCGCAGUUUGUCUUUCUGAGGUCUCUGAAUCUGAAAAGAUUAGGCUUUUACCCAAAUGCAAUCAUGGGUUUCACGUUGAAUGCAUUGAUAUGUGGUUUGCUUCGCAUUCUACUUGCCCUCUUUGCCGAAAUCCGGUUUCCAACCAAUCCUCCUUCAGCUCCAACACUAGCCCUGAAUCCACAACUAUGGAGUCUAUACUGCAGGUUCCAAAUCAAGAGGCAACAGGUGGUCUUGAUGGAUAUUCAGCAGAGUCACUGGAUUUCCCAACCAAUGUUUUGUUUUGGGGUAAUGAAACUCAAGUUAGCACUUUAGGUCCACCACUGGAGGAAGGCAAUCAAGGUCUUCAUUCUGCUCAGCCACCUUGCACAUCCUCAGCCUCGUCUAUGAUGCCAGCAUCAACCAGUAGUAGACCAGAUGGAACUCUGGUGAUUGACAUCCCACGGCAUGCUAAUGAGGAUGAAGAACCAAAAUCGCCAAUACCAACGCGCUUGAGGUCAUUAAAAAGGCUUUUGAGCAGGGAUAGGAGGGUGAGUCCUCGUAAUGCUAGUGAUGUUGACGUGGAGCAACAAGGAGGUAGACUGGAAACCUAGCAGCUCUUCCAAUUAUGUACAGUCUGUUGCUAAUUACUAGUAAUUAUGCACAUUGAUUGGAGGAGACGUGUGAUAUCCAGAAAACAGUUGAAGAGUAAGGGCUCUGGUAAAUGAGCAGUACUUGUCAUUUCGGGCUCUUACUUUGGAUGAUUUAUUCCGGAGUAUGGAAGGUUGGCGCAGUAUAGAUUGCUGUAUGUAGAGAUCAUGGUGAUCUGUUUAUUUGUUCAGUGUUUGUUGAUUCUUAAUGCAAUUGAUAGUAAGACAUUGAUCUCUGCAUUUUCCAUCUGUUUCCUAUUACGCAUGAGGCUUGUAUUCAUCUCCAACAAGCUUCUGAGAUUACUCGAAACAAAUAUCUUGUAUAGUUAGCUUCUCUGUAUGAGAAUGGAAAGGAAUCCACAGAAGAGUAAAGCAACUUUAACCUCCUUCAGUUAAAUAUCUGGCUUCCUUAUGUGUGUUUGCGUUAUGUGUAUAUAUAUUUAUCUGCCUUUCUUGUA